ACUUAGACAUUGGUCCAAGCAGCACGCAGAGUACCCUCAACUAGAAGAAAAGCACACCCAAGGUUAUCAUGGCUUCAGUGUCUACUCAUGGAAACCACGAUAAAGGUCCUCAUAUGCCACCACCAAGCAAGCAGAGCCUGUUAUUUUGUCCAAAAUCGAAGCUGCACAUCCACAGAGGAGAGAUUGCAAAGAUUAUCCGAGAAUGCCAAGAAGAAAGUUUCUGGAAGAGAGCUCUGCCUCUUUCUCUUGUAAGCAUGCUUGUCACCCAAGGACUAGUCCACAAAGGUUAUUUAGCAUCAAAUCCAAGAUUUGGAUCAUUACCUAAAGUUGCACUUGCUGGUAUCUUGGGAUUUGGCCUUGGAAAGGCUUCGUAUAUAGGAGUAUGCCAGAGUAAAUUCCAUUCCUUUGAAGAUCAGCUUCGUGGGGCUGGUUUUGGUCCAGAGCAUAACAGGCACUGUCUGCUCACCUGUGAAGAAUGCAAAAUAAGGCAUGGAUUAAGUGAGCCGGGGAGUUCACAGCAUUCGACUUCCUAA